AUGGCAGCCUACGACUUUCGCAUUGUGCUCGGUAUCCUCGGCGAUGCUGACUCCGGCAAGACCAAGCUGUUUGACAAUCUACAGGCCAACCUUGUUCCUGAAGCCCCCACCAGUCGUGGAGCACUCGGUUGCACAGCAUAUCUGUGUUGCAAUGACAAGGGCCGCACUGUCAUGCUGACACUGCGCGACUACUCGGAACAGGCCUUUCGUGAGAUUCGCCGCGGCAACCAAGAAACAAUUGCCUCUGUUUUUGAGUGCGAUGGCUUCCUCGUGCUCUGCAAUCCCAAACAACAACGCUGCCUUGAGAAUCUAAACACCUGGUUUGAUCUGAUCAAGGCCCAUGCGCACCCUUCAGCGGCCGUCUGGUCCAUGAUUGUGGCCUCGCACGCCGAAGAAAAGAACCUGGCCACGCCCUUGGAGAAAGUACAGGCCUGGGCAUCAGAGCGGGGCUGUGUCUUUGGUCGCCACGAGCGCCGCAUGCCCCCGGCCUUCCAAGGUAGCCUCCUUCAACUUUUUAGCAAAAUUGUGAGCCUAGAUAAUUUUCCCAUCCUUCGGCGUGGCUAUUGUGCAAAGCAAGGCUCCUUCUUCAAAACGUGGCGUCGCCGAUUCUUCGUUCUCGAAGACACUGGCAAACUUCGUUAUUAUGACAAGACUGUCUCUGCCCGCAGCCUCAAGGGUGAAAUCGAUCUGAAGACGGCCACGGCCGUUCUAGAUGGUGAUGCCUGCAAUGUCAUUUGGCCUGCUGGUGCAGACAUGACCACAGUCUUUGGCAUUGUGACCCCAAAGCGAACCUAUUUCCUCAUUACUGAAGACACCGUGGCAUGCACGGGCUGGAAACGUGAUAUUCUCAAGAUCAUACAGGGCAACUGA